AUGGUCGACGAGCGGAACGUGCUGGUGACGGACCCGAUGCGGGUCUACCGCGCGAAGCGGGACGGGGAGCGGCGGCGGGUGACGGACAAGUACCUCAUCCUCGGCUUCAUCUCCUCGGGCACGUACGGCCGGGUCUACAAGGCGCAGAGCAAGGCCGCCGACGGCCGCCCGGACAAGGAGGGCGACGUGGUGACCUACACCGGCAUCAGCCAGAGCGCGGUGCGCGAGAUUGCGCUCAACCGCGAGAUCUCGCACGAGAAUGUGGUCGCCCUCAAGGAGGUCAUCCUCGAGGACAAGUCGAUCUACAUGGUGUUCGAGUACGCGGAGCACGACUUCCUCCAACUCAUCCACCACCACACCCAGACCCUGCGCUCGUCCAUCACCUCGCCCGUCCUGCGCUCGCUCACCUACCAGCUCCUCAACGGGCUCCUCUACCUGCACGAGGCGCACAUCAUCCACCGCGACCUCAAGCCGGCCAACAUCCUCAUCACCCGCUCUGGCGUCGUCAAGAUUGGCGACCUCGGCCUCGCCCGUCUCACCCACCAGCCCCUCCAGCCGCUGUUCGCGGGCGACAAGGUGGUGGUCACGAUCUGGUACCGCGCCCCCGAGCUCCUCCUCGGCGCGAAGCACUACAACAAGUCCGUCGACAUCUGGGCCGUCGCCUGCGUCCUCGCCGAGCUCGCCAGCCUCCGCCCGAUCUUCAAGGGGGAGGAGGCCAAGCUGGACUCGAAGAAGAACGUCCCGUUCCAGAAGGACCAGCUCCUCAAGAUCUUUGAGAUCCUGGGCACCCCCUCCGAGCGCGACUGGCCGAAGGUGAAGGACCUGCCCGAGUACCACAACAUGCGCCGUCUCGACCACUACAACAACCGCCUCACGGAGUGGUGCCAGUCGCGGAUCCGCUCCCAUGGCGCGGACCUCCUCGCCCACCUCUUCGCCUACGACCCCGACAAACGGCUCACCGCGGCCGACGCCCUCCAGCACAGGUGGUUCCUCGACGAGCCCCGUCCCACCCCCAACGCGUUCGAGUCCCUGCCCGCGCACCAGAUCCCGCCCCACCGGCGCAUCAGCCACGACGACGCGCCCUCGAUGGUCCCCGUCCCCGCCCCCGGCUCCCAGCUGCCCACCGCCCAGGUGUCCCAGAUGCAGCCCACCCAGGCCCACCUCUCCCAGCAGCUCUCCCUCUCCCACUCCCACUCACAGCACUCCGCCAAGGCCGCCAGCGCCGCCAGCUUCGCCAGUCUCAGCGGCGGGACGCACCCCCGCAAGAAGGCCCGCCUUGGCUGA